UCCGUCAUUAUGCUAACCAUGGAAUCCGAUAUGAAAGGUGGCAUUCUACAUGCCACAAUGCCACCACAUCAUGCCUCAGCGGCCCUCCACGGCCAUGCCGCCUCUCCAUACAGUGCUUUGGGACCUCUUAUGAAUCUCGGCCAAUCGCAUUUGACCCAAUCCCAUCUUAGUCAUCAUCAUCAACAUCACAUGUCGUCACACUUGGCCAGUCAGGCUGGCAGUACUCCCAACGGCACCACAAGUGUCCUCAGCUCUUUGCAAAAUAGCAUGGCCCAGACAUUGAAUGGUAGUUCUGGAAACCAUUCCGGUUCUCCACUGCACAGCUCCAGUGAUCUAAGUCCCACCCAAAGUUCACACACCAGCAUCGGCAGUCAUCACAUGACUUCGCCAGGACAAAAUCACCAUCAUUCACAUCAUCACUCCUCGGGAGGUAUGGGUGGCCAAAGUACACCUCUCAGCUCGGGAGGUAGUUCCGCCGGAGGUGGUGGCUCCAAUGGUGGUCAAUUGAACAACAACAAUUCCUCCAGUGCCAGUAAAGCUGCUCAAAGUGCCGCCGAACGUGUCAAACGGCCCAUGAAUGCCUUUAUGGUCUGGUCUCGGGGUCAACGUCGCAAGAUGGCCUCCGACAAUCCCAAAAUGCACAACUCAGAAAUUUCCAAACGUCUCGGUGCCCAAUGGAAAGAUUUGUCGGAAAAUGAAAAACGUCCCUUCAUUGAUGAGGCCAAACGUUUGAGAGCCGUUCACAUGAAAGAACAUCCCGACUACAAAUAUCGUCCCCGCCGCAAGACAAAGACUUUGACCAAAACCAAGGAGAAAUACCCAAUGGGUGUUGGUGGCCUGCUACAGGCUUCGGAAGGUAAUCCACCUGCGGGUAGGGCCAGUUCAGCUAAUUCGAUCUCAUCGGCUGCCCAACAAGCGGCAGCGGCGGGAGUCAAUCGGGACAUGUAUCCCAUGAGUGCUCCCAACGGCUAUAUGCCCAAUGGCUAUAUGAUGCAUGAUCCCUCCGCAGCUGCUGCCUAUCAAAGCCAACACGGUGCCUACAUGGGCAACUAUCAUCGUUACGAUAUGGGUCAAAUGCAUCAGGCUGCUGCCGCUGCCAAUUACAUGAAUGCCGGCUCCGGCUAUGGCAUGUAUGGCACAGUGUCGGGCGGUCAGACCUCACCCUACGGCAAUGUGCAACAGCCCGGCUCACCCUAUGGCACAGGAAGCGCUCAACCCCAGCCCGGUUCACCUUACGGCAUUUCCUCCGGCCAACCUGGUUCUCAAGUCUCCUGCCAAAGUCACAGUCCCAGCGAUUCCAGCGUCAAAUCCGAACCCGUCUCACCCAGUCCGAUGCACAGCUCCCAGUCGUCACAGCAGCAACAACAACAGCAGCAGCAACAACAAAAUUCCGCCGCCGCCGCCGCUGUCAUUACCAACAACAAUAAUCAUGUCUUGAAACGUGAAUAUUUGGGUGGCCAACAGCCCGAACUGAAUCACCUGAUGAACAUGUAUCACCUGUCCGACAAUAUGCAAGUGACGGCCGCGGCGGCAGCCGCUGCAGCGGAACAUCAUCAACGCAACUUGAUGCACUAUCAGAAUAGUUCGCCCGAAUUGCAACAGCAUCAAGCGGCCGCCGCCCACCACCAUCAUCAGCAGUCGAUGCGUUCCAUGGCUCCAUUGGCCCAUAUGUGAGAAAUGGCAACGGCAUUUGGAGCUCACUCAACAGCUGCAACAACAACAGCAACGCUGCCCAUGGUUUCAAGAAGUGUAGCGCCGUCGUCGUUGUCGUCGGUGGCUGUUGAGAGUACGCCCUGUGGCUUAUCGCUAACACAAAACAACAACAACCAACAACAACCUCCUGCCCCCACGUUGUCCUCGUCCAAUAAUUCGUCGUCCU